GUUCCCAGUAAGAACAGCAGCGACGAGUCCACUUUUAGCAUGAAGACGUUCUCUCCACCAGAGUCUCCCAGACGGAGGAGGAUGAGAAGGGUGUCUAAACCUCUGAUGGAGAAACGCAGGCGCGAGCGGAUCAACCACAGUCUGGAGACGUUACGGCUUCUGAUGCUGGACAACACGCACGACGAGAAACUGAAAAAUCCAAAGGUGGAGAAGGCAGAGAUUCUAGAGAGCGUGGUCAGUUUCCUGAAGACGGACAAGGAGGUGGAGAAGGGUCACGGGCCUGAGAAGAGACUCCCAUCCCGGGAGGAGAGACCGACCUCCUCCCGCCACCACAACUACCAGGACGGCAUGCGGUCCUGUCUGCUGAGGGUCAGCCACUUCAUAGCCAGCAAGAGCCAGGAGUUAGAGGAGACCCAGGGAGAUCCGGGCCAGGCCUCUUCUGCGCUCCAAGAGCCCCGGACUCCCCCUUCAUCUCCCGGGAACAUUCAAGGGCCACAGGCCGCUCUGUCUCCCCGGCUUCUGCGCCACCAUCACCGCCAGCCGUACGUCAGCCAGAGGACCGACCUCCACUGUGACACCCGAGAGCUGCUCUCAUCCACGGCGGCCUGCACGCUCAUCACCGACCCUGUGUGGAGGCCCUGGCCCCAGUGACAGA